UCCACAUUCUAUACAUGGUUCUGACUUAACAAGUGGUUACUGGAAAUACUGGCUGCUCUCUGAGUCUUGACUCAGUAUAGUUGAGAUUCUUUGCUAAACACGUAAUAAACAUUAUUCUCACGCAAAUGUUAAAGUUCUUGUCAUAGUAAGCAAGAAAUCGCUUUGUAGCUUUUGGGUCAGACCUCUCCUUUCUCUUCGAAUAUUUUCUUUUUCCUUUUUUUUCCAUCUAUAUCAUCUCUGUAUUUGUGCUGUUUGAAGCUUUUUUUAUAUGUUGAGGAAGAUGAUAUGGGCAACAUUUUUCCCGUCCUCAGGCGUAACCAACGAUUUACCAGUAGAGAUGUCAGCGUCGGAGCCGGCCGCUACUCCGACGUAAGUGGCCCUACACGUGGCGGUAGGGGGGUUGGUAGAGCUGGGUUAGGAAAUAUUAGCAGAAAUCGCAGUAUAUCACGACAGCCAUCGACUUCUGUAACCGUGAGCGGCAGCGGCCCUAGCAAUCAAGAUCAAAAGAAGAAGAAGAAGAGCAACAAUAUUAAGAACAAGUUUUCUUUAAUUCUUGACAAUUUCAAUACCCUUGAAGAGGUAACAGCAGCCUUGAGAGAAGCUGGUUUAGAAUCAUCCAAUCUCAUUCUUGGAAUCGAUUUCACUAAAAGCAAUGAAUGGACUGGCAAAGUCUCCUUCAAUAAUCGGAGCCUUCAUGCCAUUGGAGACGACCCUAAUCCAUAUGAAAAAGCAAUCUCUAUAAUUGGAAAAACAAUUGCCCCCUUUGAUGAAGACAACUUGAUCCCUUGUUUCGGCUUUGGUGAUGCUACAACACAUGAUCAUGAAGUGUUUAGUUUUCACAGUGAUCAUACGCCUUGCCAUGGUUUUGAAGAAGUAUUAUCCUGCUACAAAAGGAUCGUUCCAAACUUGCGACUUUCAGGGCCAACUUCUUAUGCACCGGUGAUUGAAGCUGCAAUCGACAUGGUAGAGAAGAGUGGUGGGCAGUACCAUGUAUUGGUUAUAGUUGCAGAUGGCCAGGUUACAAGGAGUAUCGAUACACAUUCUGGAGAUCUGAGUCCACAAGAACAGAAAACAAUCCAGUCUAUUGUUGAUGCAAGUUUAUAUCCACUCUCGAUUAUUCUUGUUGGCGUUGGGGAUGGACCUUGGGAAGACAUGAAGAAAUUUGAUGACAAGAUCCCAGCACGUCAGUAUGAUAAUUUUCAGUUUGUUAAUUUCACUGCCAUUAUGUCAAAACAAUCAAGUCCUUCGGAGAAAGAAACAGCUUUUGCUCUUGCUGCCCUCAUGGAGAUUCCCUUUCAAUAUAGAGCAACCAUCGAAUUUGGUUUACUCAAGCAUACAACGGGGAGAGCACCGAAAAUAGUUCCUCGCCCUCCUCCAGUUCCUUACAGUCAUCGUGCUCCACCAGAGCAUGAAGUAAGGACCAUUGUGUCAUCACCCGCCAUAGAUGAUCGAACCCAGGCUUGCCCAAUUUGCCUGACUAGUCCAAAGGACUUGGCCUUCAAUUGUGGACACAUGACUUGCAGCGACUGUGGGUCAAGGGUAACAAACUGUCCCAUAUGCCGCCAGAGGAUCACCAACCGCCUGAGGCUGUAUACUUGAUGGCUGAUACAAAGAAAGAUCAAACACAUCAGGUGCCUCUAAUAUUAGGGCUACGUUUGCGAGAAAACAGUGCCUUUUCAGGUUUGAGAGUUUGUGAAUUUUUUUCAUUGUAAAUUUCUGUUUUCUAGCCCUGAUUUGUACUCUUGUGUGUCUCCAUAUUCUUCCUUUCUUCUGCUUUUCCCUCACAAGGUUUGUACUCUCUAUCUUCAAUAAAAAAUUUGUUACAUGAUAA